UACUAAGAGUUGGCAUAUUAAAAUAAAUCUUUUUUAGAUUCGGUUUAGUCGUCAUUUGCCUUUUGACAGCUAAUCAAAAAUAAAUAAUUUGUUAUGGUUAUGUAGUACGGCAGUUUUAAAAAGCAAAAUUUUAAUGAAAAGUUAUGACAAAAAGCCAAUUGUCUUUCAGACUUAGGCAGAAUGGCCCGCAAUCUUCUCGAAAGGAGCCUCGCAAGAAGACUCCAGCCAAAAUCCAGUCAGCAAGCAAGCAAGAGUCAAACGGUCCAGGCAUUCUAUUCCCAGCAGGAGAUACGGCCUUCAAAACACUACUCUCAGCUAGGUUUUGUGCAGCAAUAUGGUCCCACAUUUCAGACUGCGAUGAAACAUUUAACUAUUGGGAGCCCAUGCAUUACCUAAUAUUUGGUUCUGGACUGCAGACAUGGGAAUACAGUCCUGCAUAUGCUUUGCGAUCAUAUUUCUACCUAAUGGUUCACGCCGCACCAGCCUGGAUUUACCACAAAAUACUCAGCCCAAAUCCAUUGCUCAUGUUUUACUUUAUCAGAUGUCUGCUGGGAUUCGUUUGCGCCGCAGCCGAAGUUUACUUUUACAAGGCGGUAUGUAAGGAAUUCGGUGUGCACAUAGGAAGAAUCUGUCUGACAUUUCAAGUAUUCUCAGCAGGCAUGUUCAUAUCAAGCACAGCGCUGCUGCCAUCUAGCUUCGCAAUGUACACUUGCGCUGCGGCAUGUGCUGCUUGGUGGCAACAAAGAUUUGCGCUAGCUGUUUUUUUUACUGCACUUGGAUCAUUACUAGGUUGGCCAUUUGCUGCCCUCUUAGGUGUCCCAAUAGCCUUUGACAUGCUGGUAAGAAAACAGCUAUAUCUCGACUUCCUGUUCUGGUCUCUCAUCUCUGCCGUGGUGGUUUUGGGACCAAUGGUUAUUGUAGAUUCAAUGCUUUACGGACGUCUUACUAUUGCACCGCUCAAUCUUGUCAAGUAUAAUGUCUUUGGAGGUUCUGGUCCUGAGCUCUAUGGCACGGAGCCUUUUUCGUACUACAUUUUGAAUGGGUUCGUCAACUUCAACUUCGUCUGGGUGUUGGCGUUAUUGAGUCCAUUGGCGAUUAUGAUGCAUCACUUUUUUGUGCCAGUAAAAAACAAAUGUACCCUUUAUUUACCUUAUUGGCUAUCUCUUAGUCCAAUGUAUUUGUGGUUGGCUGUGAUGAUGUUCCAGGCACAUAAAGAGGAAAGGUAUAUGAUAUUUAUGUUUCCGAAAUUAUUUUUUGAACAUUUUUCUCUUUCAGGUUUUUGUUUCCAAUAUACCCAUUUAUCUGCCUUAGUGGAGCUGUGACCACAGACAUAUUACAAAAGCUCUGUUUUAGAGUAUACAGUAUGGUGAAAAAAGUGCCUUUAGGCACGCACUAUUUGGAUAAGACGAUCUUUUUAAUGAUUUCUGUCAUGGCGAUUACUUCAUGCCUAGGUGUAUCCCGGGUGUUUGCUUUGUAUCGUAACUACCAUGCACCGUUUGACUUGAUGAUGGAAUUGAACCGAUACCCAACCGAAACGAAAAUGCCCCCUAAAGCCCAGGUGCAGGUCUGUUUCGGCAAAGAUUGGCAUCGGUAUCCCUCAACGUUCUUUUUGCCCAACACGAAUUGGCAUGUGCGAUUUGUCAAAUCAGAAUUUGAUGGUAUGUUGCCGGCGCCAUAUUCUAGUGCGCUUAACUCGACUGCUCUAGUCCAUGAAUAUUUCAAUGACCAAAACAGGGAAGAACCUUCUCUGUAUUUUGACGUUGACAAGUGUCACUUCAUGGUAGAUUUAGACCUGGGGACCGAGACGGAGCUGGAACCAAUCUACGCCAAUAAAACAGAUCGUUGGAAAGUGAUGAAGUCAUAUCUGUUUUUGAAUGCCAAGCUAUCUGAUCGGUACUUCAGGGUGUUUUAUGUACCGUUCGUCUCGGAUAAAUAUGUGGUGUACGGGAAUUUCAGUCUGCUGCAAUCUACCAAAUUGAAAAUAAAGUAGUAUUCCGUAUUUUGUACAAUUAUGUCAUUAAAGAAUUACCAUCGCCACAAACAAAAAUCGAUUUUUUUAGUACUGAUCAGGAAUUGUACAAGUAUGUGUCAUUUGAAGCAAACAAACGAUUUAGCAAUACAUAAAUUUAUUCUAUAAGGGAAGUUACUGGGUUAAUAAAGAAACUUGUAUUUGUGUGUCAUACAUUCCAAAGAUUCGUUAUGAGGUAGGUACAGUAAUAAGCAGUGUUCUAGUGUGUAUUACAGUGAUGUAUAAUAUCUAUGUGUUUUUUACUUUGUACUUAUUUUGUGUAAAUAUAUACAUAUGACUAA